AUGCAAAUGCCUAGUGUUAAUAGGAAGGUUAAUAAAGAUUAUCCAAGUGCUUUAGCAAGACCGUACAUGGCUUGUCAGGUCAGGUCUGGAUCAACGGUUUUAUUAUGGCAUGAUGACUGGACAGGGCUUGGACCUCUGAUUGAUAUCUCUGGUGCAAAUGGUCCGAGGGUUUGUGGUAUUCGUUCCAUGGCUAUUGUCUCUCAAGGUAUUCAAAUAGGAUUUGGGCGCUUCGUACUCGGAGACAUCCGAUCCUUAUUUUACUUCGCCAAUGUCUGUCUGCGUCUGUCCCUGAUGUCACUUCUCUGCAACCGGAUUUUUACCUUUGGAGGAACAGCCCUCCGGCCAUUUUCUCUUCCUCCAAGACCUGGCUUUCUCUUCACCCGCAGACUCCAACACUUCCAUGGACCAAAAUGGUUUGGUCCAAAUGCAGAAUUCCAAAACAUGCUUUUAUCUUAUGGAUAG